AUCCCGGGAAAUACUUGUUGAUUUUACAACUAUAGAUAAUUUAAAUGACUGGAUGGAAAUGUCGGAUACUGUUAGAACAGUGGGAAUGUCAAAAGCUGUUUUGACAUUGCAAACUACUCAAGUUUUUCAACGUGCAAUUUUCUUUACUCUUCUGUGUCCACAAAUAAAUGGAGCUGGCUUUGCAGGAGUACGAAAGAGAACAAAUUUAAAUUUAUUAAACUUUAAGAAUAUUGAAAUAACUUGUAGAGGGCAAGGUAGUAAUAAAAAUUACAAAGUUGUUCUUCGAGAUAAUGGUCACCAUACAAAUGAAGAUAUAACAUAUGAACAGAUUUUCACGGCACCAAUGUCAAAUACUAUAUUUUCAACUGUAGUAUUACCUUUGGCAAAUUUUAAAGCGUACUAUCGUGGACGAGGAAUACCUGAUGCAAAGCAAUUAGAUAUUGGGAAUAUUACAAUGCUGGGUUUGCAGGUUUAUGGUGGAGUUUAUUCAAAAGUUAAACAAAGUGGUGUAUCAUCAUUAGAAAUAGAAAAUAUUACUUUAUCAUAACAUUCAUACUAUUGUAAAUGUGACUUUUUUGUACUCAUAUGUGUACCCAAUAUUGUAAUUUUAUAAAGAUUACAUAAAUAUAUCAAAACAACAAAUUU